AAAGCCGCUCUGAGGCGCGCAGCUACAGUCGUCCGUGAGCCGCGGUCCAUCCCUGACCUCCAGCAUCUCUGACACUUCUGUGGAGCCGAGACUCACCCGCUCACAGCCGCUCCAGGACCGCGCUUUGGAGACGUUUUACGCACGUCUCUGACAUCUCUUAAAGUCUCGUUUAGACUCGAUAUUUGAGGAUUUGGACUUUGCCGAGUUUUGAAAACUUUUCUAAACUUUUGUAAACACAGAAUGAGUUUUGCAGCUUCAGCCAAACGCAGAGCAGCGGGCGGCGCGUCCUGUGCGUAAAGGUGGAUUGUACCGCGGUGGUGCCAGUGACAGACGCCUUCUGUGGCUCUUUUCAGGUAUUUUCUCCGAGUUCUCGCAGAGACUGAGUCCUUUUAGAGACUUCCAAACGGCCCAUUCAUUCAGCGCACACAGCACCUCACAGGCGCGCGAGCCACUGCGCUUUUACGCAACAACGGAGCGCUCUUUUCUGACUGCACACGGCCUCCUCCCCGCGCUCCACCGCUGCUCCGGGACCAACGGGACAAACGGGACUUCCCUCGCGAUGGUUUUCAGCACGUUUGACCUGGUGUCCGCGCUGGCCACUCUGGCCGCGUGCCUCGUGUCCGUGGCGCUGCUGCUCGCGGUGUCUCAGCAGCUGUGGCAGCUCCGGUGGACGGCCACGCGCGACAAGAACUGCAAACUGCCCAUGCCCAAAGGAUCCAUGGGAUUCCCGAUCAUCGGAGAGACGUGCCACUGGCUCGUGCAGGGUUCGAGUUUCCACGCGUCACGGAGGCAGAAGUACGGUAACGUGUUUAAGACUCACCUUCUCGGGCGCCCUCUCAUCCGAGUGACAGGCGCCGAGAACAUCCGCAAGGUUCUGAUGGGCGAGCACACGCUGGUCACCGUGGACUGGCCCCAGAGCACCUCCACCCUGCUGGGGCCCAACUCCCUCGCCAACAGCAUCGGAGACAUUCACCGCAAACGCCGGAAGGUUUUUGCCAAAGUUUUCAGUCACGAGGCGCUGGAGUCGUACUUACCCAAAAUCCAGCAGGUGAUCCAGGAGAGUCUGAGAGUGUGGAGCUCCAACCCAGAGCCCAUCAACGUCUACAGGGAGAGCCAGCGCUUGUCCUUCACCAUGGCCGUGCGGGUGCUGCUCGGGUUCAGGGUGUCAGAGGACGAGAUGAAGCACCUUUUCUCCACGUUCCAGGACUUCGUGGACAACCUGUUCAGCCUGCCCAUAGAUCUGCCCUUCAGCGGCUACAGGAAGGGCAUCCGGGCGAGGGACACUCUUCAGAGGAGCAUAGAGAAGGCCAUCCUGGAGAAGCCUCUGUCUCAGGGGAAAGACUACAGCGACGCUCUGGACGUCCUGAUGGAGAGCGCCAAAGAGAACGGGGCGGAGCUCACCAUGCAGGAACUCAAGGAGUCCACCAUCGAGCUGAUCUUUGCCGCCUUCGCCACCACGGCCAGCGCCAGCACAUCCCUCAUCAUGCAGCUCCUCCGUCACCCGCAGGUGUUGGAGCGUUUACGCGACGAGCUCCGAUCUCGCGGCCUGCUCCAAAAUGGCCGCCUGUGUCCCGAGUCCGAGCUGCGUCUGGACACUGUGGUCAGCCUGAGGUACCUGGACUGCGUCAUCAAAGAAGUCCUCCGGCUGUUUACGCCUGUGUCCGGGGCCUACCGCACCGCCAUGCAGACGUUUGAACUCGACGGCGUACAGAUUCCCAAAGGCUGGAGCGUCAUGUACAGCAUCCGCGACACCCACGACACCUCGUCCGUGUUCAAAGACGUCGACGCGUUCGACCCGGACAGGUUCAGCCAGGAGCGCGGCGAGGACAAAGAGGGCCGAUUCCACUACCUGCCGUUCGGGGGCGGCGUACGCUCCUGUCUGGGCAAACAGCUCGCCACCCUCUUCCUCCGCCUGCUAGCCAUAGAGCUCGCCAGCACCAGCCGGUUCGAGCUGGCCACGCGGAAUUUCCCACGCCUGAUCACGGUACCGGUCGUGCAUCCGGUCGACGGGCUGAAAGUCAAGUUUUACGGUUUGGACUCAAAUCAGAACGAGAUCAUGGCCAAGACGGAAGAGCUACUGGGAGCUACGGUUUAGACCGGCGAAAAAACAACGCCGCGAAAAGCUAAAAUCUGAAAGAAGAAAUGAAAUAAAUCGCUAAGUCACGUUUUGUUGCUGGAAGUUCGUUUGCAAUGACUAAAAAUACGUAACAACUGAAUCGGGACUGUCCACGUACAAAGGAAGAAGCUGCCAAAAAGUUUAGUUGGUGUUAUUUUUAAAACGAAUCGCAUGAAAAAAAGCUAUAGGCCUACAGUUUAAGGAAAGAAAAGUAGGGAGUGCACAAGAUGAGAGGGAUAGAGAGCUAGCAAAGGUGGUAUCUCGGAAAAAUGAAGUGGUAAACAUAGAAAAAGGUAGAAGUAGGAAGUUGGAUAAAACAGGGUAUAGAUUGAAAGAGAAUGAUUAUAUUAGCAUUUAGCUUAAACUAAACCAACGGACCAUUUUGUUUUGUAAACCAGGGUAAAUUAGUUGUAUAAGAUUAGGCUAACUUUUAAUUAUUUUUAGUGAAAAUUAUUAGGUUUUUUUUUGUUUGGGAAUGUUUGAAAAAUCGACAGCCGUUGGAGGCAUUCAGUUCAGGUUGCAGUGGCUAUAAGGCUAGAGUUCAAAUGCAGUUUUAUCGUUGCACAGGUUCGAACUUAUUUCCGUUGAAAACCUUGAUAAACAACAAUGCUAACAAUGCUAACACCAGUUAUCUGUGGUUUUCAGAGUGACUGAAAAAUAAACAGUUUCCAUAGCAAUUCAAAUUUAUCUUUUGAAUAGUUAAAGGUCCCAUAUUACACUAAAUGGACUCUUGUGAGCUUUAAUGCCGUGUUCAUUUGAAUAUCGGUAGUUGUUAAAUCGGAGUCAGUUCUCCCGAUAUCCAUUGUAAAAGCGUUCCAUUGCAACAGUUGGGGAAAAUAUGGAUGCCCGAGAAAGAUUAAUCCAAAUUUAUUUCUAUAGCACAUUUUACAAAGAAAGACGUUUCCAAAGUGCUGCACAGAGAUCAGAAAAUGAAGACAACAAAAAGGUAAAUUGUUAAAAUUUGGUCAUACCAGUCCUAAAACAAUAAAAGCAGUAAAAGCAAAUAAAAGCAGAAACCAUAAAAUCACAGUAAAUAAGUAAAACAAUUUUUUUUUUUUAAAAGACAGAGGAGCACACAACUCACGCGGUGUUAAAAGUCAGAGAAUAAAAGUGGGUUUUAAGACGAGACUUAAAACUUUCCACUGUCGGGGCUGUUGGGGCGUGGGGGGGGCAGAGCUUUCCAGAUUUUGGGUCCGGCCAUAGAGAAAGCCCUGUCCCCCCGGUUUUAAGUCUUGUUUUCGGCACCACAAGCUGGAGCUGGACCUCAGACCUCAUAGAGGGUAUAAAUGUGGAUGAGGUCCGAGAUGUACUGUGGGGCCAGUCCAUUCAAAGCUUUAAAAACAAACAAUAAAAUGUUAAAAUCAGCUCUAAAACGAACUUGAAGACAGUGCAACAACGCUAAAAUCGGGGUAAUGUGCUCACGUUUUUUAAUGUCCAAUCGACUCAGUCUGCACCAAACUAGUCCGAGUUUGUGUUUCGGAACCUCGAUUUUGAUUGACCUCGAGAAAGCCACUGCACAUUCUCGAGGUGGAGGUGGGUUUUCCCCAAGUCCCGAGCACAACAAACUGUGCCAUAAAGCCAUAUUAGAAUGUUGUUACUUCAACAUCAUACUUGGAGUUGUGUUUUGUUUAGGGUGACCAGAAAACUGAAAAAACAAAUCGUUAUCCGUUUUAUUCAUUUUGGUUUUGGAGACAAAUAAUGAAGAAAACAGUUCUUCUUUAAUUUUCUUAUUAUUGGUUUUAUUUUGAAAAACUAAUGAACGAAUGAUACACGGAUUGUAGUAGCAGUAGUAGUAGUAGUAGUAGUUUCUUUUCUUCAGUCAUGUACUUAAUCAUGUACUUAAUAGACUGUUACAAACAUUUUGCAUAAAACUAUGACCAAAGGGGUUUAGGCUGAAGUGAAAUCAAUUAUAAAUGCCUAACCCAGAAUUAACAGCUACAAUUUGUUAACCUUUUAUUUUUGGUAGACAUGAAUGAACCUCUUUCAAGGAGGGUGUGAGGAGAUUAAAAACACAGUGGAGCACUUCCUGCAUCGCCACAUGACAUCACACAAUGGAACAGAGUGUUUUCUGUUUAAGAGAAGAACUAAAUAUGCUCCUGUGAAUGAAACAAAACACAACUCCAGGUACGUUUGUGAUGACGAAACUACAUUACAAUGUAAAUCAGAAAAUACAUACUCAAAAUGGCGACUAUGAUGUAAACAGGAAGUUGAAAUCCACAAAUAUAGUGUUAUCCUAGCAUUGUAGUUAGCUUGCAAACAGUCUCAGGUGAUGUAUAAAUGCUACAUGCCUACAAAUCAACAUACUUCCAAUACAUGCAUCACAAAUUUCGGACUUCCGGUCAUUGUGCGAUGCAUACAGGAAAGGAUUCUACAAAAAAGUGAGCAUCAAACCGCCGUGUUUGUUUUCCCAGUG